UACACACUCUCUCGUAUACUUUCUCUCUCUAUACAGAGAGAAACACAGCACGAGAGCUCUCUGUUGGUAUUUUUUACGGACGUACACGCGGUUGUGUAGGCGUAGAUUCCUUUGCCCCCACUGCGUCAUAUAAUUUUAUCAAUAAAUAAAUGCCAAAAAGCUCUCUCUCUCCCCGCUGAAACCGCAUUUAUACACAGAGAGAGGGCCUAUUCCUAACGUUUUCCUCAUUUUUAUGUGCUGCUUUGGUUUGCCUAUAUUCACUCCUCCUCCGGGGAUCUCAGCCGUCCUCCGCCGCUCUUGCGAGAAUUCACCGGCUCAGCUGUCACCGGCAAGUUUCUCUCUUUGCUUUGGUAUUUAUUUCUGCUGAAAUUUUAAGCUGUUUUUUGUUUGUAAAGUUGGAAACUUUGCUGUGAUGGAAUUGAUGGGUUUUGAGUAUGUUGAUUUUGUGCGGAUUUUGAGGGCAUAAGUGGGUAAUUUGUGGAUUUUGGGCAGAUGGGCAGAUGGGCAGCUGUUGUUUUAGCCCAGUGCAUACGUGGUCUACAGUGUACUGCUUUUGGAUUUCUGGGGAACCUAUAGAGAAUAAUUGCCAGAAAGAUAUGGUCUUGUAGUGUAAACUUAUUGAUUUCUGGGUGAAAUCGAAGGUUUCAUAUCUGGGUUUGUUUUAAUUCGUUGAAUUGGGGAUUUAUAUCUCGUGGAAUUGGACUAUUGGCGUUAUAAAAUUCUGGAGUUUUUGUGGAAUUUGGAUUUAUGGAGGCUUUUGGAGGCAGAGCUCGGAAUUUCUAUGGUACGAUGGUGCCGGAUUUGAAGGGGGCUGGGAAAAAGAGUUUGGAAUGGGAUUUGAAUGAUUGGAAAUGGGAUGGUGAUCUUUUUACCGCUAGUCCUUUGAAUGCUGUACCAUCUGAUUGUAGGAGCAGGCAGUUGUUUCCGCUUGGGCUGCCGGAAACUCCCUCCACUGCUGGUUUGUCCAACAGUUCUUCUUCUGGUUCGGACGGUAUCUGUCCAGGGAAUGAGAAAGGUAAAAGAGAGCUGGAGAAAAGAAGAAGGGCUAGUUUUGUAGAAAAUGAAGGGCUAACUGAUGAAGUUGGGUCUCUUAAUCUCAAGCUUGGCGGGCAAGCUUACCCAAUCAUGGAAGGAGAGGUACAACAUGGGAAGAAGACGAAGAUAGUUGGGACUACUUUAAACCGAGCAGUUUGUCAGGUGGAGGACUGUAAGGCUGAUCUUAGCAAUGCCAAGGAUUACCACCGACGACAUAAGGUCUGUGAUAUGCAUUCUAAGGCAACUAAAGCGGUGGUGGGAAAUGUUUUGCAGCGGUUCUGUCAGCAGUGUAGCAGGUUUCAUGGCCUUCAAGAGUUUGAUGAAGGAAAGAGAAGUUGUCGUAGACGUUUGGCAGGCCACAAUAGGAGGAGAAGAAAAACACAUCCUGAUACUGUAGUUAAUGGAGGCUCAUUGAAUGAUGAAAGAGGAAGCAGUUAUCUAUUGAUUAGUUUGCUGAGAAUACUCUCCAACAUGCACUCUAAUAGUUCAGAUCAAACAAAGGAUCAGGAUUUGCUAUCUCAUCUUUUGAAGAAUCUAGCCAAUCUUUCUGGUACAGUUGAUGGAAGAAACAUGUCUGCAUUGCUUACGGCAUCUCAAGGUUUAAUAAAUGGCGGGGCAUCAAUUCAGACUGCACAAAAGGUCCCAGAUACAGUUUCCAACGGCUGUGAACCAAAUUUCAGGAGAAUAUCUUCAGUUGAUGCAGAUCAUGGAGGUCUACAAGUUGUUUCAGGUCUAAAUGCCACGAAGCCAUUUCCUUCAAGAGACAGUGUUCCAUCCACAUCAGUUGCACCAGAAGCUACAAUGGGGAGGAUGCAGUUAAAUGGCAUUGAUUUAAAUAAUACAUAUGACGAUUCCCAGGACUAUUUGGACAACCUAGGGAAUUCGCAUGCCCCUGUAAAUUCAGGGACAGUGGCUCAUGGUUUUCCCUUUUGGAUGCGUCAGGAUUCGCAAAAGUCUAGCCCACCUCAGACAAGUGGGACUUCAUGCUCAACUUCAUCAAGUUCUAGUGGAGAUGCUCAGAGUCGCACAGACCGUAUUGUUUUUAAACUCUUUGGAAAAGAUCCAAAUGAUCUUCCAUUUGUUCUACGAGCACAGAUUCUCAACUGGUUGUCCCACAGUCCUACUGACAUUGAAAGCUACAUAAGGCCGGGAUGUAUCAUUUUGACAGUUUACCUCCGUCUAGAAAAAUCCACGUGGGAGGAGCUCUGCUGUAAUCUGGGAUCCAUUAUAAAACAACUUUUACAUGCUGCCAAUGAUCCUUUUUGGACAACAGGAUGGGUGUAUACUAGGGUGCAACAUUCUGUAGCAUUUACGUACAAUGGUCAAGUUGUCUUAGACACACCCUUACCUCUGAAAAGCCAUAAAAAUUGCAAGAUAUCAUGCAUCAAACCAAUUGCAGUUUCUUUAUCCGAAAGAGCUGAAUUUGUAGUAAAGGGGUUUAAUCUUUCUCGUGCCACCACAAGGUUGCUCUGUGCUCUGGAAGGGAAGUAUCUAGUCCAAGAAACUUGUUAUGACUUGAUGGAUGGUGCUGAUACAACCUUUGCGAAUGAUCAGCUACAGUGCCUCAGAUUCUCCUGCUCUAUACCCAAUGUUACUGGCCGAGGACUCAUUGAGGUUGAAGACCAUGGUCUCAGCGGCUGCUUCUUUCCAUUUAUAGUUGCCGAGCAGGAAGUAUGUUCAGAGAUUUGUACCCUGGAGGGUGCGAUUGAGGUGGCUGAGACUGCAGAUAACAUCCAGACAGAACCUGAAAAGUUGGAAGCCAAGAACCAAGCGUUGGACUUUGUACAUGAAUUGGGUUGGCUCCUUCACAGAUGUCACACUAAAUUUAGACUUGGUCACGGGGAUCCCAACUUAGAACUAUUUUCUUUUAGACGGUUCAGGUUGCUUAUGGAGUUUUCCAUGGACCGUGAUUGGUGUGCUGUAGUGAAGAAACUCCUGGGCAUUCUGCUUGAGGGUACCGUUGACACUGGAGAACAUCCUUCUAUUGAGCUUGCGUUAUUGGAUAUGAGCCUCCUCCACGGAGCCGUGCAAAGAAAGUGCAGGCCUAUGGUGGAACUCUUGUUAAGAUUUGUCCUAGACAAAGGGUGGCAACAAGUUGACGGGGACGGCAGCAACUUCUUAUUUAAACCCGAUGCAGUUGGGCCCAUGGGAUUGACUCCUCUUCAUGUUGCAGCCAGUACUGAUGGAUGUGAGAAUAUAUUGGAUGCCUUAACUGAUGAUCCUGGAAAGGUGGGAAUUGAAGCGUGGAAAAAUGCUCGAGACAGUACAGGAUUGACACCAAAUGAUUAUGCAUGCCUGCGAGGCCGCUACACCUAUGUCCAAAUUGUCCAGCGGAAAAUCAACAAGAAACAUGAAAGCGGGCACGUGGUGCUUGAUAUCCCUGGCGUUAUCUUAGACAGCAGCAGCAAGCAGAAACAAUUAGAUGGGCAUAAGUCCUCAAAAGUCUCCAUCUUGGAGACCGAAAGGAUCGAUAUGAAAGCAAUGCAGGCACAUUGCAAGCAAUGUGAAAUGAAACUAGCAUAUGGAAACACAAGGUCGUUUGUGUACAGGCCGGCAAUGCUGUCAAUGGUAGCCAUUGCUGCUGUCUGUGUUUGCGUGGCCUUGCUCUUCAAAAGCUCGCCUGAAGUCCUUUAUGUCUUCCAGCCCUUCAGGUGGGAACUCUUGGAGUAUGGACCGAGCUAA